AUGCCAAACGAGGCACGAACUCCUCUCGUUAAUGCCGAGCUUGGUCAUAUGCAGCCGGCGCAGCAAAGUAUGGGCAGAGCCACUGCGCCGUCCGCACGUCAGGCAGUCAAUGAUGAUGCGUUGAUGUCUGCGCAAGAGCAAACCCCAGCUUACCGGGCUCUCUAUGAGAACAACCUCAUCUGCAACCAGUACCGCAUACGGCAAGUCGAGGACCUGGAUGUCAUCAAGGGCAACUGGGACCUCAACCAGAGCCUGGUGGCACAGUGUCUGACGUGCCACGGCUGCUGCUGCUUAGUCCAGUUCUUCGUAGUCAACGCCGGCUGCAUCCGAAGGGGGCGGCAUCAAAACGGUCAGUACAUGUUCUUCGGCCAGGGCGUUCAUGUCUACCCUUCGCCUUACAUCACUGUUGACCGGACUGAUGUCCGACUGACAGAGGGUGCGAUCAUCCAUGGGACGAAGGCUAUCGUGACCGUGACGCAGGGCUUUGUAGGGCUGGCCAUGGACAGAGGGCAGCCGGUACUUCUGCCGCCAGGCUUGCACCAGUGGAAUUCGCCGACGAUGGAGUUCGAGCGCCUUAUCGACCUCGCCUCCAGCGUCAUCUGUCUAGGGCCAUACACGCUGAUUACUGUGGAUGAGGGCUACGCUGCCGUGACCCAAGAUAAUGGUGAGCAGAAAAUCCUGGAAGGAGGCCGUGCCUACAUGCUGACCCACAGAAAUUGGAAGUUCGAGAAGUUUAUGACGAAGAAGCUGCAGACCAACGAUGUGGGUCCGAUUCAGGUCACCACCGGCGACAAUGUGCCCCUGGAGGCGACUGCGACGGUGAACUGGGUGAUCGAGGACGCCCGGCUUGCCGCGCGCAUGGCGGCGAACACCAUGUCGGAUGUACGAUCCAAGAACCAGUCUCAAAUGGCGGCCGGGGAGUUCGAUAUCUCCAAGCUGCGGCAGGAUGUUCUGCGUCAAGUGACUGCCUCCCUCGCAGCCUUCAUUGGCUCCGUGAGCUAUUCUGCACAUGGCCAUGAGGCCAUGGUGGCCCGAAAUGAGCAGGAGAGGAAGAGAGAGGCCGGCGUUGAGGUGGACAAGGAGGGUGGCCGAAGGGCCCUUUUCGAUCCAGAUCGGAUGGCACAAUCUGCGGACCAUGCAAAUGCCAUUUGCGAGCGCUAUGGUGUCAAGAUCCUGUCCAUCAACCUCAUCUCAGUGUCUCCGUCCGACCGCGGGCUGCUAGAUGCCCUGAGUAAGGGCGCAGUGGCCACAGUGGCAGCAGAGCAGACGGAGACAGCUGCACGAGGCGAAGCUCAGGCUUUGCUGUUGAAGGCCAAAGCCGAAGCCGAAGCUGCCAGGAUCAGGGCAGAGGGCGACGCCCGAGCCGAGGAAGUUCGAGCUGAGGGAUCCCUGAAGGCCGCCAAGAGACUCGAGGAUUCCGAGGUGGCCAUCGCUUUGGCUAAGAUGAAGACGGCAGGCGGCUGCCUCAAAGACGGCAAGGCGAACUCCUUCUUCUUCGGCCUGAAUGGCGCGGCCGACAUCCCAGGAGGAAUGCUUGGCACUGCCGCUCUGGCAAAUGUAGCCACCUCACAAAAGUGA